UAGUGAUGACGGUCGUGGGUGGGGCUGUGAAACGAAACAAAAUUAGUUUUUUAUAUUUGUGCCAUCGAAUCAUCUAUGAGAAUUAUUCAAAAACAAAUCAGAAUCAUUUAUAUUUAUUUUAUCGGGAGGGAGAGAACAGUUUGAGUCAUAAGUUUGCUGGUGUGAUUUUGUCUGCGAUCUGCGGAUUUUUCCACAUGGAACAUGAAAAGAAAACAUAUGUCCCGGAUAAGUUUCGAAAGACCCUGAUUGAUGCCAAGGUUGAGGCUGGCUAUGUGGCGGGACUAGAGACAGAAGAGGGGAAGUAUUGUCUUUCAGCUGCUGCCUCCUCCAACUUGUUCCUCCCAGGACUGAAGGUUUUGGGAAUAUUUUGCAAAAUCGGCAAAGAUAACUCAGAUGAAAGUGAACUCCUAAAUAUCUGUAACCAAUACAUUGAUAAAUUUCAGGUGGAACUUGAAAAUGUUCUAGCCUUUUUUAUCCGACCAGAACCAGUAGAAACUGAUUUGGAUGCAAUCAGUGUCAAGCUUUUCUCCACUUACCAUCACUUCUUCGCCCCAGUGGAGGUGCUGCCUGUGGACUAUAUUCCCAUUGUUCUGCUGAGAGCUCAGGGAAAAUUACCACUGCUGUUUGAAGUUUCUUCAGAUUCUGAAACUCUGAAAGAAAAUGCAGAACUUGCCAUGGAGAGGCUGAGAAAUGUUGCACACAGUGAAGUUGCUGCUUUUGUGUCUUGCAAUUCAGGUAGAAUUCUGACUUCUUGUCAGGACAAGGAUGGAGACAUCUCUGGGCUCUUUGAAGAUGGAAAUCCAACUGAAAAAACCAAAAAGCGGAAGAAAAAUAAAGAAAAGGUUCCAAUCAAUUUCAGAAUUUUAAUUCAAACCAGUGGGGAUGUGGCACUUCAAAAUACAGUGAAUCACUCAUUGGUCAUCCAUUGUCAAAGGCGGGAUUUCCGGUGUGUGUCAAUGUCCCUUCCCCUGGAUGUGUUAGCCGUUUGUCCAGAAUUAGUAUCAACAAGAGACAUCCAUGGACUCUUGAAUGACGCUAUACGGUGGCAGCUGGAAAAGAUGAAUGAAUGCCUGAUGAGCUAUCUUAAAAUCUCAGAGUUUGUGUGUCCAGUGCCACACCAUUUCUAUCCAGACAUCUGGGAUGUACCGAUGACCAUCAUCUACCCUUCCAACAAAACAGAUGCUGACUUAGAAAAUACUCGCAAAAGUCUGCACCAGCAGCUGCUCCUCCCGCUGAAUCGACCUUUUGUGAGGAAGUUGAACACCUAUGACUUCUCAGAUAUGUCAGGUUACUUGGUGAAUCCACAUGAAGGAUUACCACCCUCGGGAGUGCAAGGAGGACAUGUUUCCAUCGUUCAAGGUCGUUAUGUGUACCACCACUACAUGCAGGAUCAUAUGAACGAUGAUGGUUGGGGUUGUGCAUACAGAUCUCUGCAAACAAUACUCUCCUGGUUCAGAAUCCAGGGGUACACAGACCGUAAAGUUCCCACUCAUGCAGAGAUACAACAGGCAUUGGUUGACAUGGGAGAUAAGACUCCAAAAUUUGUGGGUUCUCGGCAGUGGAUUGGUUCGCAGGAAGUGGGAUUCUGUCUUGAUCAUUUAGCCAAGGUGCAAUCAAAAAUCAUGUGUGUGAAUACAGGAGCGGAAAUGGCAAACAGAGGCCGAGAGCUGUUUGUACACUUUCGUGACCAGGGUACCCCUGUCAUGAUAGGUGGUGGAGUACUAGCCCACACUAUUUUGGGAGUGCACUUCAAUGAACACACUGGAGACCUCAAAUUCCUUAUCCUCGAUCCCCACUAUACAGGUGGAGAAGACAUUCAUAUCAUCCAGAGUAAGGGUUGGUGUGGAUGGAAAAGUGUGAACUUCUGGGAUCAAAAUGCAUUCUACAACUUGUGCCUGCCACAAAGACCAGAACUGAUUUAGCACUCACAAUCUAUAUCACUUGGUUGUACUCUCCCUCUGUCGUUUUUCAAAAAUUAUGUAUAGUUAUUUUAUAACAAGAGAUAUUAAAACUAUUUUAAUUAUAA